AUGGAUCGCUGGGUAAUUCGAAAAGUGGACGUAAAAGAAACUUCAGAUAUAAAUCAAGAGACCGAAGAAGUGGAUAAUAAUGUAGUUACAACACCGUGUCAGUCAGAUAUGAAAAGGAGUGUUGUUGAACCAAGCAGCAGCGGUCAACCACAGCCAAAACGGCGAAAGUACCAAGAAGAUUUUAUUCAGUAUGGCUUUGUAUGCCAUGUUGUUAAUGACGUUCAUCAUCGUCAGUGUGUUAUAUGUUUGGAAGUGUUGGCUAAUGAAAGCUUACGGCCAGCAAAAAUGAAAAGACACCUGCAGUGCAAGCACCAGUCAUUAAAAAAUAAACCAAUAGAUAGAUUUUUUCCGACGCAAGAAAAUGGAGUUACAAGGACAAAAGCAAGUGAUAACAAAAAAAUGUUGCAUUGCCUGUCAAAGCUCAAAUGGCAUCAUAUGAGGUUGCAUAUCUUAUUGCUCAGAAAAAAAAAAAAAACACACACAAUAGGGGAAGAGCUUAUCAAACCUGCUGCACUGGCAAUGUGUAGAGCUAUUCAUGGAGGAAAGAUGGCUCGCGAACUUGAAUCCAUACCCCUGUCAAACAAUACGGUUGGGAGGCGAAUUCAUGAGACUGCAAGUGACAUACUGAUUCAGUUGAUGGAGAGAGUUAAGAAUGUAAAUUAUGCUUUACAAUGA